AAUAUGGAAGAGAAAACAUUAAUUCUUGAAGGUCUUCCAGAUGACUUAAACAACAUCAGACCAAAGUUAGAAUUAUAUUUCAAAAACAAAAGAAGGUCAGGAGGAGAAAUAACUGAUCUUCGCAAACACCCUACGGAUGACAAAAAGGCUAUGCUCGUUUACAUGGAUGGGGAAGGUGCCAAAAAAGUUCUUGAUAAAACCGUGCAUAAACUAGCUAUUAAAAGCUUUGGAGAGGUGGAGCUGACAGUGACAUUGCCAGAUAAUGACAGUUCAAAACUGGCUAAAACCAAGCCCCCGGUUACACCUCGUCCUCAAAUGAAUAAACCUAUUCCAUCUAAGAAGCCGAUACCUCCCUCACCGAAGAAGGGAGUGACUGAAGAAGCUAAAGAUGAAAUUAUCAAUGAAAGCACAGGAUCCAAGGCUGAUGAGAGCUCACAGAAAGUGGAUUUGCUUCUUGUGAGCAGCAAAAACCCACUUCAUGAAGAUGUCUUGUCCAUGUAUUUUGAGAAAUUCUCCCCCAGAUCUGAAGUCAAUAAACAUGAAGAUAAUCACUGGAUUCUCAAGCUCAAAUCUCAGUCAGAUGUUCAGAAGGUACUUAACCACAGGGGACACAAGUUCGGCAUCUGUGUGGAAGUGUACCAUGAUAACACGCAGCCACAGCCUGGAUGUCAAGAAGUAUCUAAAGAAGAGAUCAGUGAGGCCAAUACACUCAUUGUGACAAAGAAAUCCUCAAUGGACAAUGGGAUGAUCGACAUGUAUCUCGAACAAUUCUCUGAGAACUUUGAAAUUCACAACUAUGGAAAGGAACAGUGCAUUGUUAAAUUUGCCAACCAGUCAGAUGCACAGAAGUUUCUAGCCAGGGAAAAACAUGAUCUGGAUAUCUCAGUUGAGGUCUACAAUGAGCAAGCCAUGCAGAAGAGACAGGACCCUCGUCGAUUCCUCCUUAGUGGGUUUGGGGACUCAUGCAAGCUCAAGGUUGUCUCAUUGUACAUCGGCAGCUGCAGUCAAGGGAAAGAACACACAUGGGAGAUUCUGGAUGACGAAAAGAUACUGGUGACUUUCAAAAGUGACAUUGACAUACAGUCCUUUUUGAAGAGAUGCUCCACAAAAAAGUGUCAGAACAUGGAGAUCACAGCCACUUGUGUACAACGCGCUGACUCUGUGUUUGUGCAAGGUGACAUGAGCACAGUGUCAGAUGAUGCACUGAUGCUGUACUUCAGCAACAAAAAGAGGAGUCGAGGUGGAGAGGUCAAGUCCCUGCAAUGGCUCGACAGUCGAACAAGUGUCGUAAUUGCCUUUGAGGAUUGUCAUGUUGUCAGUCAAGUCGUGGAGAAGAAGCAUCACAUUUGUGAUAGAGAUCUGAGUGUUUCAGUGUUCCAUUCCAACCUCCAACAGCGACUGACUGGCACAGCCCCCUCCUCAUUGGUCCAGCCCUCGGAUGUCACCAUCCCCAUCCAUGAAGCCCUCUAUGAUUACCUUACUCGCAAUGAAGUGUGCAAGAAAGAGAUCACGAGCGAACUAGCGAAGGUCCACAGCAAUGUUGCAUUCGGCAAAACCACAGAACCAUGUCUGAUAUUGAGUUUUGAUGCAGUCCCUGAGUCGCUGCUCGCACUGAGGCUGGGGUCCAGCUGGGAACGUAAAGCCAAGAAAACAACCCAAGACAUUUUAGAUAAAUACAGCGUGGAUGAAUUGGCUGUUGGACCAGACGUCUGGGUUCGGACUGAGGGUGAGAGCAUCAAGCUUAGCUCCCUCAAUGCCACUGUGCGCUAUAAGAAAGAUGCUGCUAAGGUUGUGGUUGUGGGUAUGCAGGGUGACGUGAGGAGCUGCAUGGAAGGUAUCAGGCAGACUGUAGCGACUGCUAGCCAAGAGUUGGAAAAGGAAAGGAACACAGUUGAGAGACAGAUCCAGGUGGGCUCCAGAGAGGAGUUAGAUUUCAUAUGGGACCGUGUCCACACCCAAAUUAAGGAUAUGGAGUUUACCAAAGAUGAUACAAGCUUGACUUUUGUCCUCAAAGGCUUGAGGGAUCGUGUGACUGAGGCAGAGAAGAUCCUGAAAGACAAACAGAGUAAUGUUGUCAAUCAACCUCUUGCGUUGUCAUCAGCUCUUGUAGAUUUUAUUAAGCUUGCUGGGCCAAAUAAAUUUGAGAGAGACUUAGCUCAGAACAACAUUUUUAUUUCCCUCUCAAAUCAAGAGGAAUCUGUUCAGAUCAUUGCGGAGAAGGGGGAUAUUAAGAGUGCCGAAGACAAGCUAGGGGAGAUACUCCAAGAACAGGAGAUCCUUCUUUCCUCUGACCCAGAGAAGGUCAUCCUGGGUGAGGAGUGGAAGUUGUUUUAUGAGGGCCUACUCGAUGAAGUCAAAGCCAGCAACAAUGUCCUCCAUCUCAAAGUUCUGGAGGGGAAGAUUGAGGUGUGUGGCUUCGCCUCCUUGGUUGCAGACGUGUCAAGGAAACUCAAAGGAUAUCUAGAAAACAAGAAGCCUACAAGUGAAGAAGUUCCCCUGAAGUCUGUGAAAGAAGUACAAUUUGUUGAUUCAUGUAUGAACCUCUCAGAAGCUCCCGAGCUGAAGUCCCUUCACGUGACCAUAUUAGCCAACAAGACUGAGGCCUCCCCUUGUCUGAAGAUUACAGCACCAAGCAGUUCCAUCAAAGAUGCUGUUACUCUGGUGAAGAACAAACUGACACCAAUUGUGAAUGACACGUUCCUCUACUCUAAAGCAGGGCAGUCCAAAGUUCUGGAGAAAAAUAAACAGUCCCUUCAGGCAAAAGCAAAGGAAAUGGGAUGCAAACUCUUCUUCACAGUCCAGAAACCUCCUGAUGUGAAAGCAACAGCAACCGCUCCACAGCCUACAGCUAGAGCAGUGGGAACAGCCCCUACUCCCCUCUCUCCCAUCCAGCUUCCAAGUUCAGGAACCGACCUAAAAGUGACCGUCAGUGGUGUGCCAGUAUUCCUCAGAAAAGGAGAUAUUACUAAAGAGGCAGUCGACGUCAUUGUGAAUUCUACUAAUAGCAGUCUGAAUCUUGACACUGGUGUUUCAGCUGCCAUCCUUAAAGCAGCAGGCCAAUCAGUAGAGGAUGAAUGCAAAGCUCUUGGCACUCAAAAGAAUGAUGCUGUGGUUCUCACGUCUGGUGGGAGUUUAUCGUGUAAACACAUUGCUCACAUGGUUGGGCCCACCACUGCUGCUGACAUCACAUCCUCCAUUGAGAAAGCUCUAGAUCUCUGUGAAGGAAACACAGCGUCUUCUUUGUCAGUUCCAGCCAUCGGAACUGGGAGGGGUGGUAUUAAAACACAAGACUCCCUUGGAGCAAUUCUCAAAGGUCUGGAGAAUCAUCUGUCGCGUACCACCUCAUCAAGCAUUAAGGCCAUGAACCUGGUCAUUUUUGAGCAGAAAGUUUUUGACGAAUCCUCUGAUUACUUCAAAAAAAGGAAUACAAAGCAUUCCUCUACUAUUAUAUACAAUCCCCAUGGAACACUUCCUGCAGAUGAAGUGAAAAUUGGUGGUGUGAGAAUUCAGGUGAAGAAAGGUGACCUCACCCAGGAGACAGUGAAAGGCAUUGUGAACACUACCAACACUGACAUGAGCUUGAAAGGAGGCGUUUCAGGAGCUAUAUUCAGGGCAGCUGGAAUGUCAGUCGAGAAGGAGUGCCAGAACCAUGGUUCGCUCAAAGGCAACACAGCUGCAGUGACUAGUGCUGGCAAACUGCAGUGCGAUUUCAUUAUUCACAUGUUGGGUCCGCACUCUGCUGCCGAUGCGACAGCUCGCGUACAGAACGUUCUGGAGAGGUGUGAGGAGAAAGGCAUCACCACGGUCUCCUUUCCUGCAGUUGGCACUGGUGGUGGUGGUCUGAAGGGCCAAGAGGCCAUCAUGGCCAUGUUGCAGGGUGUGGAGGACCAUCUGUCCAAGUGCUCUCCCACCGUCCUUAAGCUGGUCUACAUCGUCAUUGACCGGGACGAGAUCCUCCAGGAGUUUAUAAAUGGCAUCAAGCAGUGGACAGCCAAAAAGCAGGAUGAUGAAGAUAGUGAUGAUGAUGAUGACGAUGAAGAUAUUAAAAUUAAGGGGGCAGAAGACAGCGAUGUGGAGGAGGAAGACAUCUUAGACGGCAAAAACACUGAAACAAUGAUUGGGAAAAUUAAAGUCAAAGUGUUUUGUGGUGACAUUACAAAAGAGACAACGCAGGCCAUAGUCAGUAGCACAAACACAAGCCUCGACUUGAAUUCAGGAGUCUCAGGGGCCAUCCUCAAAGCGGCUGGACAGACUGUUGUGGAUGAGUGCAAAGCCAAGGGCACCCAACCCAGUGAUGGUGUAGUCCUGACCCAGGCAGGGAACCUGGCAACUAAACACAUUGUCCACUUGGUUGGUCAAACAAAAGAGAAGGAAAUCAUGAGCUCUAUGUACAAAGUCCUACAACUGUGUGAACAAAACAGUAUCCAGUCUGUCUCCUUUCCAGCACUAGGAACUGGUGCUGGGAACUUAGGAGCUGCUCAGGUUGCACGUGCCAUGAUUGAGGCCGUUUCUAAUUUUGCAGUCAAUCGCCCAAAAUUUAUAAAGGCUGUUCACGUUGUCGUAUUCCAAACCAAGAUGUUACCAGACUUUGUGGAGGCUCUAAAGAAGUUUAAGAAAGUGACCCCCAUAACAAUAAGUGGCAUAUUAAGGCAAUCCUUUGGGGCUUUUGAGAAACUGCGCUCUUCUAUGUGUAGCCCUGCCAAACCCUCAGUAUCUUCAUCUGCUGCAUUAACCAAUGUGUCAUUCCCCGUCAUGGCCGUUGAAGCUUACAGUACAUCCCAUAAUGACCUGGCGCUGGUCCGAAAGGUCCUGGACGACCUGCUGUCGGAGGAGUGUGACCGUGAGGAGGUGGUCUCCAGGCACCUCCCCCAGCUCUCCGAGUCCGACAAGCAGGCCUUAGUGGCCCUCAGCCAGGGCCAGCAGGUGGAGAUCACCACAGAGGCCAGCGACAAGCUGUCCGUUUCGGGGAAGAGGGACGACGUGCUGGCCACAGUGGUGAAGAUCAAAGACCUCCUCCUGGGGGCGCAGGAGAGGGAGACACGCAAAAGCGAGGAGAAGAGGGUCAAGGAGACCCUGCGGUGGGAGGUGGCCGAGGCCGGGGUGUGGAAGGCGUUCGGAUCGAGCGUCAGCUACACCAUCGAGCUGGCCUUCCACCGGAAAGAGAAGAAGGUGACUUUUACGGACCAAGGGGAGACCUACACGGUGGACCUGAAGGAGAAAACGUGCACGGACAGUAAGGGGAGAACGAGGUGUGUUAAACGAACUCUGCUUGGUGACUCAGACACAGCUGUCAUUCAUCAUCCAGCCACAUGGACUCCGAUGACUGGGAAAAAACAUGAAAUUGUCCCCCUCUCAAACACAUCAGAAGAGUACAAGAAAAUUGAAAAGGGGUUUUUGAGGAGUAGCAUAAAUGUUGACCAAGGCUAUGUUCAAAAGUAUCAAGUAGUCAAGAUCGAAAGGGUUCAAUGUCGGGACCAGUGGCAGAGAUAUGCGGUAUUGAAGCAGACCAUUGAUAAAAGGCUCCCAAAACAGAAUAAUCAGCGGCAUCUUUACCAUGGAACAACCAAGGAAAUCGCUCAAAAAAUCAACAUGUAUGGCUUCAACAGGAGUUUCUGUGGGAGAAAUGCCACAGUGCAUGGUGAAGGAACAUACUUUGCCAAAGAGGCAUGGUACUCCAGCCAUGACACCUACUCCAACCCUGAUGAUCAAGGCCUGAAGUACAUGUAUUUGGCCAGCGUGCUGACCGGCUCUCCCUGCAAAUCCAAAGGCGGCAUGAAGGAGCCUGACCCAUUGGACGCCAGCAACCCAGGAGCUGGCCUGCACGACUGCGCCGUGGACAACCUGCAGAAUCCCUUCAUCUUUGUGGUGUUCUGUGAUGCUGGUGCCUACCCUGACUACCUAAUCACAUUUAAAAAAGCAUGAUUGAAUGCAUAAACAACUGGCUUGUUAGUUUUGAAGGAAAUGGAGCUUCUUCUGAGAGGAAUACUGCACUAGUAUAUUAUACUUCUCACGAUCAUGUAAUUCUAAUAAUCAACAUUUACCUUUUGAAGUAGCUCUAUUCUAUACAAAUGCAUAUUCUAUAAACUUUGGAAUUUUAACUAACUCAGGGCCAACAUGUUUUAAGAUUUUUCAGCAAUUUACUCUAUUAAAUUAGAAUGCUGGGACACGUCCAGACUGAGUAAGAA